CUUGAGGCCGAAGCUGCCUCGCUCCCUGGACGCUUCUCCUCACCACAUGGCGAGAUGCUUCUGGCCCGUGCCACUUCUCCCGGCGAGAAGCCUAUUGGUUGGAUCGGUCUACGCCCAUUUCCCGAGUUAAUGGAUCCUGGAUUCCAAUUGCGUGAUAUAGAUGUAUGCGAAGCAAAGAGAUUGUUUGUCCUAGAGGAAUAUAGAGGGUUGGGUAUCGGGAGGGCGUUAGUGAAGGCUGUGGUGAAGACAGCGAAGGAGAAGGGCUUCAAGGAGAUGAGAAUUUCGGUAGAGAAGAAGUUGGGGGGAGAGGUUGAGAUGUAUAAGAGGUGGGGCUUUAUGGAAAAUCGAGAAGUAUUUUGA